CAUUUCACCGAAGAAGCAUUUAACGUGUGUAGAUUAUGUACACGACCGGCUAUAAAUGAUUGAUUUGUGCCUGUCUACACAAUUAUCCCUGAUGUCAAAUCGUACGAAUUUCAGCGGCCUCUGUGGGUGGAAAAGGCUCAAAUUUGGUCUCGUUUGUAUUAGCUUGGGGACAGUAGUUCUUUUGUGCGGCAAUUGGCCUCGUGUUUCACCCAAGUUUGAGCGAAAGACCCGUAGUCACAAUCUAGGAGAACUGGAGCGUGAGCUGACAUUUUUAUAUCGCAAUGUUGAAUCUUUUGUGCUCUUCGUUGGACAUCCAAGAAGCGGUCAUAGUUUGGUGGCUGCCAUUUUAGAUUCCCAUCCAGAAAUAAUUAUUUCGGAUGAGUUUAAUCUGCUUUAUAAGUUUGACAGUUUCUUUAAAGAUCUUAGCCAAACAGACGAUGAGCGCAAGCUGAGGAUAUUCUAUGACUUACAUACUCGCUCGCGCCGACAGGCCAUGUUUGGAAGUCGUUCGUCAAUUUGCGACAGCUCCGUAUCCUACUGCUACAACAUUAAAGGAGGCUGGCAAGGUUAUUGCAAAAGUAAACUUAAGGUAAUUGGAGACAAAAACGCAUCUGUGACUACUGCACGUUUGCAUCACGAAAAAGGGCGUCACGAUUUGCGAAAACUGGUGAAAGUGCUGGGAAUUCCAAUUAAACUGAUUAACGUCAUCAGAAAUCCAUUUGAUAACAUUGCCACUAUAUGUAGAAGGAGACUAGGUGUGAACUCUAGAAGUCAUCAAAUAGUACGCAACACAACAGCGUCGGACUUUUGCAUCGAUUUUUACUUCACCAAAUCACCAUUGAAAGAAAAACAUUCAAGAAAGACGAGCUUGUUUAUCUCGUUCCUAAUUCUUGUCUUCUGUUUUGAAGUCUACUCCACCGUCCGUCUCGUCAACGACGGCUUAGCAUUCAGUGGUUUGGGGCCAGAUUCGACAAAGUUGUAA